AAAAUGAAGGACUUGCUACUAAUGCUGUGCCUUUUGGGAACAUGUUUUGCAGUGCCAAUAAAACAGGUAUAUCCUCAGCAAGCCGCAGCAACUGGACUGGGGAGCUUAAGCCUUGAGACAAUGAGACAGUUGGGAAAUCUGAAUGGACUAAACCUGCUUUCUCAGUUCUCUAGAUUUGGUUUUGGGAAACAAUUUAACCCUUUAUGGAUGCACGGACUCCUUCCACCUCACUCCUCCUUCCCAUGGAUGCAGCAAAGAGAACAUGAGACUCAACAGUAUGAAUAUGCCUUGCCGGUACACCCACCUCCUCUACCCUCCCAGCAGCCCCAAAAGCCAGGACAGAAGCCUUUCCUCCAAUCCAGUCCAGCACCGGACGCUGGCCAUCACGGGGCACUUCAGCCUCCACUGCAUCAGGGACAGAUCCACAUGCAUCCAGAGGACCGAGCAAUGGGCCAGCAGCCUGGGGGGCCUUUGGGCAGGGCAGGGAGACCCGAGCUACCAGAACUGAAUUUUGCAGGUCACCUGGGUCAUUCGAUGUUUCCAAUGGGACGUUUGAUCUCUGAAGGACCAGCUCAAAAAACAGAGAAAACCCCACUUUAUCCAAGAAUGGUUUACAUGCCCUAUGGAGCAAACCAAUUGAAUGCCCCAGGAAGAUUUGGCAUGCUAAGCUCUGAAGAAAUGAUGGGAGGAAGAGGUUCCCCCAUGGGUUAUGGUGCCAUGUUUCCAGGAAUGAAAUCUGGCUUAGGGGGGAUGACCCCAAACCCAGCUAUGGGAGGAGACUUCACUCUUGAACAUGACUCGCCAACUGGCAACAACAAAACCCCUGGCGCAGCAGAGGGUGGUGCCCAAGGUUCCCCUGUGGCUGACACCAACCCAGAAAAUCUUGAGAAUCCAGAUUUCCUACCAGAAGACUUCCCCUGGGUGCAGGGAGGGAUCCUGAAUUUCCCUAAAGGGAGAGGUCCUGCUGGGCAGAUUAAGAGACCCCUCAAAGGCACUCCACCAACAUCUGAACCUGGGAUGACUCUGGGUACAGUUGAUGUUACGGAUACCUUUGGCACUGAUGUAACUACUCCCCUGGCCAACCUGGAGGAAGGUCCUUUGGAUGUUACUGUGGAACCAGAUACCCACCACACAUCAAUGCAAGGGACUGAGGUUCACCAGUCACAGAUUAUGGAAGAUGUAUGGCAUUUCCAAGAACCCUGA